GGGGGGGGGGGGGGAAGGCGCGCUCCCCUCCCCAAACUUGUCUUUUAUUUUAUUGUUUUCUCUGCAGGACGGAUGUUCUGUGAGGGCACAGAAGGGUUCGCUUUAGUGUCGGGACUAGGACGGUGAUUGGCACCCAGUAGGAGCUUAAGGAAUACUCUGGAGCACUGACUGGAUGAUGACGUCCUCACCUGAAACAGGGGGGUGGGGAGGGGAGAAGCGACCUGGGGAAACGCUCCUUCAGGCGCCAUUUUCUCAAGGAGGAAAGACCUGGCGGCUGGGGUGGGAAUUUCGGGGAUCCGGGGGGAGGGGGACGUGCACGGCCGCACCAAUCGCAGCGUGGAGCCAAAAAGGAGCCCACUUUGCAAGUUCGUGGCCGGCUAAGCCGCUGGGAAAGAACAGCGCAUGCGCAGCGAGACACGCUUUUAGUUUUGGGGGGGCGGGGAGGAACCACCGGUCCUUUCUCAGGGGGACCGGGGUCCCGCUCCGCAAAGUUGGCUUUCAAAACGCGCAGGCCCGUAAGCAUCAUCCCCGCCCCUUCCAUCCCCUCCCCCGCAAUCCACAUCCGGUUCCACAAUCGGAAGUGUCCUUUGGCCUCACCCCAGGUGACCCCCGAGUACAGUGGGAGCGCUUGCGCGUAGGAAAGGCGGCUCAGCCUACAAGCGGGCCACUUCCGCUUCCCAGAGGUCUCCGCGCGGGGAGCCUCACUCCUAGAUGGCCCAGCCGCGGGCCGGCGCAGGCCUGAUGUCUCUUGAUUGUAUCCAAGCAGGGAGCCUGGAGGAGGAUGGAACAUCCAUCCGGGUCCUGUUGGGCCUAGGAGAGGAGGCGGUGACCUUCAGGGAUGUGGCCUUGGACUUCACCUGGGACGAGUGGGAACGCCUGAGCGAUGCUCAGAGGGAGCUCUACAGGGAAGUGAUGCUGGAGAACUACAGGAACCUGGUCUCCCUGGGGCUUCCUGGUCCCAAGCCAGACCUCAUCUCCUGGUUGGAGGGAGAGCAAGAGUCACAUACAUGGGAUUCGUUGGGAUAUGCUGCUGGGAGCCCCUCCUUGUCUGAAGGUGAACAUCCCAGGGGUCAGUUAGGAGCCAGUGAAUGGAGCAGCCCGGCUGGUCUCUUCUGUGUGGCCAUCUUGGAAGCCCUGGAGGGUGCAGCUUGGGAUACUAACCUCAAGGACCUGGAGUCACCUGAAAGGCAAGGUGUGGGACCAGAAGAGAUGUCAGUGGAAGGAGUCCCUGGCCACAUUCUCAGGAACAAAGCCUUUGUGGGAGGCCCCAUCCAAGAGAUUAGAGUAUGGCAACAAUUGCAAAAUCUGGCAGGAGAGAUCCCGAAGAAGCUCAUUUCCCAGCAAAGCGAUCUCAGGCAAUUGAUUCUGGACCCAAAAACUCUUCUUGAGCAAAGAGACCAUGACCAUGGUGACAUGGGCCAAGAAAUCCACAGGAACCUGUGCAGGCCCAAGGUGUCAAGCAGUGAGAAUGACGUUGAGGAUCUUCCAGGCCUGAUUCAACCCCCAAGUCUGUGUAAGAUUGAGAAAUCCUGGAAUUGUGAGGAGUUUGAAAAGACUUGCAACCAGAAUGCAGGGAUGAUCCCCCGGCAGAGAAUUCGCAUGAGAGGGAAAACUGAGAAAUCGAAGCAGUGUGGGAAAAACUUCCAGGAAAUCUCUCACCUUAAAGAAGGCCAGAGAAUUCAGACUAGAGAGAAACCUUAUGUAUGUAAAGACUGUGGCAAGUCUUUUGCCCAGUAUUCUUACUUUAUUAAUCACGAAAGGACGCAUAAUCGAGACCGACCAUAUGAAUGUAAGGAAUGUGGGAAGACCUUCAACUGGAACUCAUACCUCAUUGGCCACCAGAGAAUUCACACUGGAGAGAAGCCUUAUGAAUGUAAGGGCUGUGGAAAAGCCUUCAGCCAUAGCUCAGCCCUUAUCGCCCAUCAGAGAGUUCACACUGAGGAGAAACCCUAUAAAUGUAAAGAAUGCGGGAAAGCCUUCAAAUGGAAGUCAGGUCUCCAUCAACAUCAGAGAAUUCACACUGGGGAGAAACCUUAUCAGUGUCAGGAUUGUGGGAAGGCUUUCAACUGGAAGACACCCCUCAUUCAGCAUCAGAGAAUUCACACCGGCGAAAAGCCUUAUAAAUGUGGUGAAUGUGGGAAGGCCUUCAGCCAAAACUCAGCUCUUAUUGUACAUAAGACUAUUCAUUCUGGAGAGAAACCGUUUCAGUGUAAGGAGUGUGGGAAGGCCUUUCACUUGAAUUCACACCUCAUACAACAUCAGAGAAUUCACACUGGAGAGAAACCCUACGAAUGUAACGAAUGUGGGAAAGCUUUCAGCCAAAGCUCGUCCCUCAUUAUACAUCAGAGAAUGCACAAUGGGGAGAAACCUUAUCAGUGCAAGGAGUGUGGGAAAGCUUUCAGCAGGAGCUCAUCCCUUUUUGAACACCACAGAGUUCAUACCGGAGAGAGACCCUUUAAAUGUAAGGCAUGUGGGAAGGCCUUUAACAGAAAUUCCUAUCUCAUUCAGCAUCAGAAUUCUCACUGGACAGAGACCUUAGAAGCAUAAGGGAACAUGGACAGAGUCGUACAGUCCGAAGCCCAUGGCAGAGCCCAAAAUAUGAUACACUUGUCCCCAGCAAUGUGCUGAAAUUGUACCGUGUUCUUGUCCCUUGGCGCUUCCCCUUCUCCCCUCCCCCCCACUCCACACACCCCAAAGAGCUGUGAUAAAGUAGGAGGAAGGGAAAUCGCAAAGAGGAGACUCGGAGUCACUUGCAGAUGGUUCCAUAAGUUACAGGAUACUGUCUCAUAAAUUAACUGAGCCCACAGCCUAAGACAGUGUUGGGGAAAACAGCUAGACCUUCCUGUAAGGACCCCUGACUCCUGCUAUCUGCCUGUGUCUGUAAGCCUUGGAUGAGCCCCUGAUUCAAGCCUUGAGACCAGCAGAACCCCAGCAAACAUUAAACUAAUGAACUAACCUAAA